UUGUCAAAAUACCUAAAACAAACCUACGUAUAAUAUAUAUUUUAAUUUAAUAACGGGUUUAUUAUUUGUCCGCCAAGCUUUGGCUUUGGGAUUUACUGUUUUGACGUAGAUUCAAGUUAGGAUGCCAGAUAGGACGACUGAAUUAAGUAAGGUGUGUGAAGCAUUUUAAGUCGAAUGUUUUGUUUAAAACAUAACUUUGAAAAAUAAAAAUUAAUGUAUCUCCAUCUCUGUUCAGUACAGUUAGUUUGAUAGAGACAGAUACCUACAUUACUUUUGAUGUUCUCGGUAAUGCCUCAGGGCUGUAACUGCGAAAAAUCGAAGUUCGUCAAUUGCUGGCAUUUUUCUCUGUCACUCUAAUUACGUCUUCGCGUUCUUCGUUAUCGCGCGAAGUGGAAAGAAAAGAUAAGGAAAGCAGGAGGCUUAGCGCGAAAAUCGAAGUUCGUCAAUUGCGGGCAUUUUUCUCUGUCACUCUAAUUACGCCUUAGUAAGAGUAAAAGAGAAAGAUCCCCGCAAUUUGCGAAUUUCGAUUUCCCCGGUAGGCCCCCAGCCCACAAUCAAAUGGGUAUAAUAAUGCUGCGGAGAGAGAGACUCUAAUUACGUCUUAGUGAGAAUAAAAGAGAAAGAAAGUGAAAUUACAAAUUUCGGUUUUCGCGGUAGGCCCCCGUUUCAUAGUCAUUUUAAAGUUCUCCAGAAUAUAUAAAUAAGUCAUUGCUAAAGAUGGGGUGAAGAUGUAUUCAUUCGCGGUUUAAAUAUAAAUAAAUUAGAAAUAGCUUUAUAAAUUGCUCUCUAAUUACGAUAUAAGUACAGAACGAGAAAACUAUUUUUUUAAAUUUAAUUAACACGAUUUAUAUAAUUCUCCAGUUGAAUUGGUGAAACUGCACUUGCGGAAAUGCACGGAAAUUAAAAUUCCACUUCCUCGCUAUCGAUCACGUAAAGCAGUUGCAAAACGCAUGCGCGAUAGAAUAAAGCAAAGCGCCCUCUGCAGAAAAAUUGAUGAGACAAAAAAAGAAACGCCGCCAUUUUGACAUUUGUUUGGCUUUUGUUCUUAAUAAAUAUAAAUUAUCAUGUAAUUACGCGGGUAACAGCGAUUAUGUUUACAUUUUCGCUUCACAACAGUUUCGCUUAUUAGCCGAUUACUGAAAUAUGGUGCAUCAUCAAUGUUCGUUUCGGUUCAGCAGCGCAUAAAUCGAUAAAUUCGCCCGUGCCGCAUUUUUAUUUUCUCGAUGCUUAUUUCGUGUAUAAUUUGAUAUUACUAGAAGACUAAGUGCUUAAAUAGGUUAAAUAGUGUACUGAACUGUGUGGUUAACUAAUUACAUUUAAGAAUAAACUAUGAUAUAUCAUUAAAUGUGUGAUGUCAAAAAGGCGCGAACGCUUUUUACCGCUGUCGAUUUUGGGACGAAAAUAAAACAGAGUGUUUGUACGAAACAAAGACAUUAGACCUUCGCGUUAUGUUUACGAAGCUCUGCAAGUGUUAUAACUGAAUUUCGCACAACUUUUCUGGAAAUAUAUGGCGUGGAAACUAUCUUUCUGCACAUUAGGUUCAUGUUAAGUUCCCCUCCGCACUUGCGAUGCGGUUAAGAAGUAGAAAGAGGGAGCCCCUCUCGGUCAAGAGGAACACAUCCAAAGUCACAAAAUUGAAGGCAAAACCGUUAAACAGCCGCUUGUCACCUCCCAACGCCACCUGGAAGAAAGUCCUCAACCGGGACACCGCCAAAAAUGGGUUGCCGGAAAUCUGCACUCGGUCACAGCUAAAAACUAGGCCCGUUAGAACCAAGUUAGUUAGCAUGGAGAAAGAGCACAAAAAAGAGUUGAAAAGCACAAAGAAACCGAUCUUCCAAACAGUUGUACGUAGCACUAAUAAGGAUCUUGUGACUUCCACUACUAAGUUAAGAGACAAGACGCAGAAUGAUAAAGUUACAACAACUUCCAAGCCAAAACUUAAAGAUGUACGAACCACAAAAAGUGUUCAACUCCGACACAGCUCACUAAAUCGUGAAAAGAAGUCUGAAUCCGUUGAGAUAUCAUCUCCUCGAAAAACCAGGCGUAUGGAUAAAAAUGAGAAAUCAGCGUCUUUAAACAGCUCGCCAAUCCGUAAAGUCCGUCAGCUUGGUAUACCUUCAGCGAAAAGCAAGAUCGCUGUAAGCUCUACCAAUGAGAGCCCUAAGAAGAAAACUAAGACUAAAGCAGCUAUAGUUCCGGAGCAGAAUAAUUGGAAUACGGAAGACAAUGAUGUAACGAUGUAUGAGCCUCAUACAACUACAUUUGUGGACUUCCCGACUCCGAAGCAUGAGGAAUCAGACUCUGAGACGCAGGUCGAGUCAUCAUUGUGUCUUCCAAAUGACUGCUUGAAUGAUUUUAUCGCUAUUGCGGAGUGCGCCAGGCUGAUCAACCAGGAUUUACCUGCCGAGGAUGACGAUAUUAACUACUUAGCUGAUAGAGCUGCUAAGGUGAUGACCACAGAGAAAGCAAGGCGCAAAUCUAGCAACGAGCUGGAAAUGUACCAACCCACAUCUACCACUGAUGAUGCCGACACCGAUGUGUUCAAACACAAGCAUAAAUACGUGCAGCCGGACUUCGUGACGAUGCUAGAGCAGGACGGCUACGUGCGUGACAGCGAGUGCGAGAUCUCGUCGACCUGCGACACGCAGGGCACGGCUAUUGAAAGCUUGGAAGCGCUUUCGGCGAGGAGUCCUAGCGAGGGUUUUCUGCAUGAAAUAACGCAGAGCCUUGUGGCUGAGGCCUCGGGAUGGAGCACUUCAGACAUCACCGCUGACGAAUCAUCGUUGGCUUGUCACGAUGAACAACCGCCUUCUGAUCUUGAGGAGGAAGCAGCAGAUGUGAUAUCGUCGUGCAGCAAUCGAGUUGACUGCGAACAAAUCUCCUCUUGGGUCGACGCAUUUGACCCCUACCUCUUCAUCAAGCAGCUGCCGCCGCUGGAGAGCGUGGCGACGGGGGCGCUGCGCGCGCGCUGCCCCGCGCUGCCGCUCAAGACGAGGACCAGCCCCGACUUCAGCCUGGUGUUGGACUUGGACGAGACGUUGGUGCACUGCUCCCUACAGGAGCUUCCUGACGCGAGCUUCCACUUCCCGGUGCUCUUCCAGGACUGCCGGUACACGGUGUUCGUCCGCACGCGGCCGCACUUCGCGGAGUUCCUGGCGCGCGUGUCGCGCGCGUACGAGGUCAUCCUGUUCACGGCCAGCAAGCGGGUCUACGCCGACCGCCUGCUCAACCUGCUGGACCCCGAGCGGCGCUGGAUCAAAUACAGGUUAUUCCGAGAGCACUGCCUACUGGUGAACGGGAACUACGUGAAGGACCUCUCGAUCCUGGGCCGUGAUCUGCGCAAAACCGUUAUAGUGGACAACAGUCCACAGGCGUUCGGCUACCAGUUGGAGAACGGCAUACCCAUCGACAGCUGGUUCGUGGACCGCAGCGACAACGAGCUGCUGAAGCUGCUCCCCUUCCUCGAGGACCUGACCACGAAAGAAGACGUCCGCCCACACAUAAGGGACAAAUACCGCCUCUUCAGCUACCUUCCUCCCGGAUAAACCGCCGUAAAUAUAACUACCCAACUAAUAUUAUUCAGACAUUCUCCAUAAAUAUAAGGAUCUUCUCAAAACUCCCCAUAAAAAUAUAAUUAAUGUGAAUCAUUUCGCUGACUAGAGCUACCUCAGUAGCUCAGUUGGAGAGCACCACUCAAGAAUCAGAAAAAUAAUUAAGUUGGAAUAGAAGUACUGAUUUCUGAAUUUAAUUAUGUCUUGUUUACACGAAAACAUUAACUAAAUUAGUUAAACAGAAUACAAAAUGUCUGAAUAUGGUUUUAACUACUUUAAUAUAAAAGUAUCGAAUAUUUGACAUGAUAUUUGGAAAUGUUAAGAAUUGUCAUCGUCAAUUAAUCAUGGCUAGAAAGAGAGGAAUGUUAGAGCGAGAAAAUAAAAACAAGAUAUAUAUGAAUGGAUUUUAUUUUAUAUUCGAACAAAAUAUGAUGGAUGAAAGUAAUUUGAGAAAAUGCAAAUAUUCGAUAAUUUUAUAUUCUUAAUUAUUGAAAUAAGUACUAACAUUAGAAUCUGACUACAGUUUAAAAUAUAUAAUUAUAAAUUAAGUUUAAAAAAAUGUUGAUUCGAACUGAAUUUCAAUCGAGUAUUAUGGAUGAAAAUUUAUUUUUUUAAGUUAUUAUUUAAGUGAAAUAUAAAAUUUAUAUUUUUUGAAUUCGGCAUCUGUGAUUAUUUAAGUUGUUUUUUAAUUGAAUCGGAAAUA